AAUCAGCCGUAAUUGUGUCGCUACUGUAAUGCCUUUGAUCCGUAAUGUUUGAAGCGCCUGUGCCAAACGCCGGCUCGCGGGUAGCCGGCGCCAGGGCUCACCGGGGAAUCCGAAGGCAUGGCGAUACCAAACCCAUCCAGGGGGAUCGGACCCCCACCCGUUCCAAGAGAACAGCUGAGAUGCGUCAUUUAACACAGAUCAAGUCCCCCCGUAUCACUGUUAUGGGAUUAAGUGCUCAAAUGUGGAGCCUCUCAUUAAUCUAUGAGUCUGGAGUAAAUAUGAACUCAAGUUAAAUAAUAACCAGGCUAUAGAAUACUGCAUCUAAUCAUGCAUUACAAAUUGUACUAAAAUAAACGUAUCUAUUGGCAACAAGAUCUGCCACUCACGGUAUCAGGCAGAAUAACCUAUUGAUGCCUGUUAGCUGAGGCCAUGUUUCGGGUUGCGCGUAACAUUUUAGGUAAUUUAUAACUCGGUUACGGUUAUGAAAUAAAGUGCAAAAAAUAAUAUAGAUGCAUGUCCUCACGUCGAGCACAAGUUCCUCAAAAUGAAACCACUUGGGCUGGAGAUACUUCCCAUAAGACUUCCCAUUCACUCACAUGGAGAUCAAGAGAGACAAGGAUGAGUCAUGGAAAAGUUCAGUUUGAUUGUAUGAAGUGAGAUCACCAAGAAGACUGGUUAUUCUGACACCUCUGCUCCGGUGUGUUACUGUAUGCAGCAUGAAAGCGCCCGCUCCACCUCUGCAGCAGACACAGCUGUUUCUGCACUACCCCUCACCCCCCCCUGGUUUCAGUCGGGGCGGACAAAUGUAUGAGCUCAGGAGGGUUCUCACAGACUCGGCGGCGCCAGGUCUUCACACACUCACGGGAUAUGUAAAGACUUCAAUAACGAGCCAUUAACCCCUAAUCAUUGGGAUCGAUCGGGCGUUAACAAGGGCCUCUACAUAUGCAAAUAGGGGGCCGAGGAGCCGGGGCUCUAUAAAAGCUGGCCCCUGAGGAGUGGGGGGCCACAACCCCACACACGCCCUCUGACUAUUUGGUGACUGCACAGGUCUCACAGCACCACUUACCACAGACAACAUGGUGAAAUACUUCUCCGUGGACUGGCUGGCCCAGAGCCAUUGCCACGGCGCACCGACCGACGAGCACGGAGCUGUCACGGAGAGCGCGCUCACCUGCAGGCCCCACGUGCCCUGCAUGGUGCAGCCGCGGCCGCCAACGUUUGGCAAGGGCUACCUGCAGCCGAAACCCAAGGCGUCAAAGCCCGCGGAGCCCGCGGAGCGAGUGGAGAGCAAAGGACAGGACGCGAGUCUGUGCUCCCCUUUCCAUCCAACGAGCUGCGCCUCUCCGAGUCCAGUUUCAGAAAUCAGCGGCUAUUCAUCCGGGUACGAGAGCGAGGCGGCUUCCUCCGAGUGCCUUUCCGUGGACGAGGGAAGCGACGCGGAGAAAGACGCGCCGCUGCGCCGAGUGCGCACAAAGUUUAGUACCGAGCAGAUCAGCAAACUGGAAAAGAUCUUCAACAAGCACAAAUACCUGGAUGCCGGGGAGAGAGUGAAGACCGCCCAGAAGCUGAAACUCACAGAAACUCAGGUGAGGACCUGGUUCCAGAACAGGAGGAUGAAGCUCAAACGGGAAUUUCAGGACUAUCUCGCUCCCCAAAUGCCACCUCUGUUGUUCCAGCAGCUACCUCCGGUUCAUCACUACCACAACGCAGCCGGACAGGGGCCCCAUUACCCCGCGGCCGGCCCGGCCUUCUACCCGGCCCCCGUCCCGCAGCUGCUCCUCCAGCGGCAGAUUCACCCUCACCACCAACCCCACCCUCAUCUAAUCAUCCGGAACCCAAAUUACUACUGAAAUACUGCCAAGUAGAGACUUUUCUGACAGAAACACUUAGAAUCUAACCAAGUGCAAUCCAGAGUUUUUUUUUUCAUUUGAUGUGUGA